CGCCGGGAUGUGCAGGAUCUCCGUGGGUGUCCGUGGGGAAGCAGCCGCGGUGUUCCUGGGUGUCUGUGGAGUGCCAAGGGGGUGUCCAUAGCGGGUGAGGGGUGCCCGGAGGGUGACGAGGGGCUCCCUUUGGGGUCUCCAGCGCACGUGUGGGAGUCUGGGGUGCCCACAGAGUGCUUGAGGAAGUGCCCAGCGUGCCGUGGGGUGCCCAUAGGGUUCUUACGGGGUUCCUCUGAGGUAUCCGGGCUGUGUAUGGGGGGCCGGGUGCCAGGGGUUGCCUAUGGGAUGCGGGGGGUGUGUCCGAGGGACCCACAGGGUGCCUGGGGAAGUGUCUGUGGGGUGGCUGGGGUGGACGUGGAGCACCUGUGACGUGCUUUGAGGUUCACACGGGGUGCCGCGGGUACAUACAGGGUGCCAGGUGGGUUCACAGAAGGUGCUUGGGGUGCCCAUAAGGUGCUUAGGGGGUCUUUUCGGGGGAUCCACACUGUGCCUGCAGAGUGCCUGGGAACAUGCAUGCCUGGGGAGCACAUAGUGUACUCAGAGGGUGCCUGUGGGGUGCUGGAGGUGUUGGAAUGUGUGGGAUACUUGUAGGGGCUCUCGAGGGGCUCGAGAAAGUGCCCAGGAUGCCCAUGGGGUGCUCAGCGAAUGAUUGUGGUGGGCAUGGGCUGCCUGUGGGGGACUCAAGGCACUUAUGGGGUUCUUUAGAGUGUGUAUGGGGUGUCUGAGAUACAUAUAGGAUGUCAUUGAGGUGCCUAGAGGGUGCUUGGAGAGGUGCCCAGGGUGCACAUAGGGUGCUUGGGGUGGACAUGGGGUGCUUUGUGGGUACUGUGGGAGCACCUCUGAGGUACCUGUAGGGUGUACGUGGGCUAUGGGGAGUGCUCAGGGGUUGUAUAUGGGGCACCCAUGGGAUGCUGGCGUGCCCAUGGCAGGCUUGGUGGGUUCCUUUGCCUGGGGUGUUUGUAGGGUGCCCAGGGUACAUCGAGGGUGCUGCGCGUGCCCCAGAGCAUACAUGGGGUGUCUGUAGGGUGCUGUGGGGUGUUUAUGGGGUGUUAUGAGAGUGUCCAGGAUACGUGUUGGGUGCUGGAGAAGCCCCUUGACCUCUGCCCUGUGCUGCAGGCGGGGCUCCCGGAAGGGGUCCCACCGAAUGUCGCAACAGAUGCCACAACAGGCGCCGGGCGCGUGCAGGCACUGCAGCGGGAGGUUCAGGGGGUCACCACCAUCAUGACACAGAAUGUGGAGCGGAUCCUGGCACGGGGGGAGAACCUGGAGCAGCUGCACAGUAAGAGCCAGGACCUGGAGGCCACGUCAGAGCACUUCCGCACAACGUCCCAGAAGAUGGCCCGGCGCUACUGGUGGAAGAACAUGAAGCUGCUCAUCAUCCUCGGCCUCGUGGGCAUCAUUGUCCUCAUCCUCAUCAUCCUCCUGGCCACUGGCACCAUCCCCACCUAGAGCCACUGUCCCCACAGAGACACGGCCACCCCAGGGCCCAAAUACAGAUGGGGUGAAGAACCAGC